CUGUGAUGGCGGCCGCGGGGCGCGGGCGGCCGGGGGCGCCGGGGGGGCCGCGCCGCUCCUAGCUCGGCACCGGGGCCCUCGGCAUGGGGAGCAGCCGCGGCGGGCGCCGGGCCUGAGGCGGCGACGACAGCGGAGGGCGCGGCACUGCCGAGGGGGCCCCGCCGCCGGGGGCCGCGACCCGCGCCGCCGGGGAUGCUGCGGUGGGUCCGGCAGCAGCUGGGUUUUGACCCACCGCAUCAAAGCGAUACAAGAACUAUUUAUAUAGCAAAUCGGUUUCCCCAACAUGGCCAUUAUGUUCCUCAGAAGUUUGCAGACAACAGAAUCAUAUCGUCCAAGUAUACAGUGUGGAAUUUUGUUCCAAAAAACUUAUUUGAGCAGUUCAGAAGAGUAGCCAACUUUUAUUUUCUGAUUAUAUUCUUGGUUCAGCUGAUGAUAGAUACCCCUACCAGUCCUAUUACCAGUGGAUUGCCAUUAUUCUUUGUCAUAACUGUGACAGCCAUAAAACAGGGUUAUGAAGAUUGGCUACGACAUAAAGCAGACAAUGAAGUAAAUGGUGCUCCAGUGUAUGUUGUGCGAAGUGGUGGCCUUGUAAAAACUAGAUCUAAAAACAUUCGGGUGGGGGACAUUGUCAGAGUAGCCAAAGAUGAGACUUUUCCUGUCGAUCUGGUGCUUCUGUCAUCUGAUCGAACUGACGGUUCAUGCCAUGUUACUACUGCAAGUUUGGAUGGAGAGACCAAUCUUAAGACACACGUUGCAGUCCCAGAAACAGCAGUGUUGCAGUCUGUUGCCAACCUGGACAAACUUGUAGCUGUUAUAGAAUGUCAGCAACCAGAAGCAGAUCUGUACAGAUUUGUUGGAAGAAUAACUGUAAGUCAGCAAACUGAAGAAAUUGUACGACCCCUUGGGCCUGAAAGUCUCUUACUUCGUGGAGCAAGAUUAAAAAACACUAAAGAAAUAUUUGGUGUUGCAGUGUAUACAGGUAUGGAGACAAAGAUGGCAUUAAAUUACAAGAGUAAAUCUCAGAAACGGUCAGCAGUAGAAAAGUCCAUGAAUUCCUUUUUAAUUAUUUAUCUAAUAAUCCUCCUCUUUGAAGCCAUUCUGAGUACUAUUUUAAAGUAUGCUUGGCAAGCUGAAGAAAAAUGGGAUGAGCCUUGGUAUAAUGAAAAAACAGAGCAUGAAAGAAACAGCAGUAAGAUUCUGAGAUUUAUUUCAGAUUUUCUUGCUUUUCUGGUACUUUACAAUUUUAUCAUACCUAUUUCACUUUAUGUGACUGUUGAGAUGCAGAAAUUUCUUGGAUCUUUUUUUAUUGGCUGGGAUCUUGACCUCUAUCACGAAGAAACAAACCAGAGAGCACAAGUAAACACUUCGGACCUCAAUGAGGAACUGGGACAGGUGGAGUAUGUGUUUACAGACAAAACUGGUACAUUAACUGAAAACGAGAUGCAGUUUCGAGAGUGCUCCAUUAAUGGCAUAAAGUACCAAGAGGUCAAUGGUAAACUAACUCCAGAGGGGUUUUCUGAAGAUUCUCCAGAUGGUAAUAGACAUGGUUUGAUGAAAGAGGAAGAACUGUUCUUGAAAGCAGUUUGUCUUUGUCAUACAGUGCAGAUUAAUGCUGAUCAAACAGAUGGUGCUGAUGGUCCCUGGCAUGCCAAUGGAAUAACAUCCCCAUUGGAGUAUUACGCUUCCUCACCAGAUGAGAAAGCUUUAGUUGAAGCUGCGAGCCGAGUUGGAGUAGUAUUUACUGGAACUAAUGGGAACAGUAUGGAAGUAAAAAGUCUGGGAAAACCAGAAAGGUAUAAAUUGCUUCAUGUUUUGGAGUUUGAUCCAAAUCGCAGACGAAUGAGUGUCAUUGUAGAGAGUCCCUCAGGGGAAAAGCUUUUGUUCACAAAGGGAGCAGAAUCUUCCAUUCUUCCUCGUAGUAAGAGUGGAGAAAUAGACAAAACAAGGAUACAUGUGGAUGAAUUUGCUUUGAAAGGACUAAGAACUUUGUGUGUAGCCUACAGAAGAUUCACACCUGAGGAGUACCAAGAAAUUGGCAAACGCCUUCAUGAGGCCAGGACUGCCUUACAGCAACGGGAAGAAAGAUUAGCAGAUGUGUUCAACUUCAUAGAAAGAGAUCUGGAAUUACUUGGGGCUACAGGAGUAGAAGACAAACUGCAGGAAAAAGUCCAAGAAACAAUAGAAGCACUCAGGUUGGCUGGUAUCAAAGUGUGGGUGCUCACUGGAGAUAAGCACGAAACUGCUGUUAGUGUCAGUCUGUCAUGUGGACACUUCCAUAGAACCAUGAACAUCCUUGAGCUUGUGCAGCACAAGUCAGACAGUACCUGUGCAGAGCAACUGAGGCAGCUAGCCAAGAGAAUAAAGGAAGACCAUGUUAUCCAGCAUGGACUGGUUGUGGAUGGGACAAGCCUCUCUCUUGCACUCAGGGAACAUGAAAAACUGUUCAUGGAAGUUUGCAAAAACUGUUCUGCAGUGUUGUGCUGUCGCAUGGCACCCCUUCAGAAAGCAAAGGUCGUGCGACUGUUAAAAACUUCUCCAGAGAAACCCAUAACGUUAGCGAUUGGUGACGGUGCUAACGAUGUGAGCAUGAUACAAGAGGCACAUGUUGGCAUAGGAAUCAUGGGCAAGGAAGGAAGACAAGCUGUAAGAAACAGUGACUAUGCAAUAGCACGGUUUAAAUUCCUCUCCAAGUUGCUUUUUGUUCAUGGGCACUUUUACUAUAUUAGAAUAGCAACCCUUGUACAGUACUUUUUUUAUAAGAAUGUGUGCUUUAUUACACCACAAUUUUUAUAUCAGUUCUUCUGUUUGUUUUCACAACAAACGCUGUAUGACAGUGUGUACCUGACUUUGUACAAUAUUUGUUUCACUUCCUUGCCUGUCCUCAUAUACAGUCUCUUUGAACAGCAUGUGCAUCCGCAUGUAUUGCAGAGUAAACCCGUACUCUAUCGAGACAUCAGUAAAAAUGCCCAUCUGGGGUUUAAACCAUUUAUUUACUGGACCAUCUUGGGCUUCUUCCAUGCAUUUGUUUUCUUUUAUGGCUCCUAUCUUCUAAUGGGAGAAGACACUUCUCUGCUGGGAAAUGGCCAGAUAUUGAAACCUAACAGGCAAAUGAUGUUUGGAAACUGGACAUUUGGUACUUUGGUCUUCACCGUUAUGGUUAUAACUGUUACAAUGAAGAUGGCACUAGAAACUCACUUCUGGACAUGGAUAAACCAUUUUGUUACUUGGGGAUCCAUUGUAUUUUAUUUCAUAUUCUCCUUGUUUUAUGGGGGAAUUAUCUGGCCAUUUUUACAUACCCAGGACAUGUACUUUGUAUUUGUUCAACUGUUGUCAAGUGGUUCUGCUUGGUUUGCCAUAAUCCUCAUAGUAGUUGCUUGUUUGUUUCUUGAUGUUGUGAAGAAAGUGCUGUACAGACAUCUACAACCAACAAGUACUGAAAAAGCUCAGAUGUACUCCAACAGAGUUGCUUUAAGUGACGAGUUCAUCGCACUGCAGCCAUUGUCCAGGGCAAGGAAUCAGCUGAGCAAAAUUAGCUUACUGAGGCAGGUUCAGGUAUCAACUGCUUGGACUCCAUGUGCUGCUUCUCAGAUGGGGAAACAGCAUGCACAUCUGUUAGAAGAAUGCUGGAACGACUGAUGGGAAGGUGUAGUCCAGCCCGGGUCAGCAGGUGUGGCAUUUCUCUCACUAACCUUUGCUGCAGACGAUUCUCCUAUAAACUGGAACCUGAUGAACCUGCAGCAAUAGAUGUCUAGCAAACCAGCUGCAGGUUUUGCUUAUUUAAGUAGGAAAUGCAACUCCUUAUUGUACUUUUGGUUUUCAUCCUAAAAUAUUAGUUUCUUGUUUUCUUUUUUUGAGCAUUUUCUUUUGGGAUGGGGAGGGGGGGGAAAUGGUUUUCAAAAGAUUUCUGUUACAACAUUUAGUUUGGCUUACUGCAAGUUCUUGUGUUGUAUCUAUCGUAAUUUCUCUUGCUUUGUACAUUCUUCUCUUUAGAAAAUCAAGCCUUGCUGCUGUUUUUGUUCUCUUUUCUAUGAUUUAUUUUUUUUGCCUUCACGAAUCAGGAGUUCUCUGUAAAGCUGAAAGACUUUUCCCUGUGGUUCUUGAUGUACAACCUCCAAAUAUUUACCUUGGAGCUUGCAUUACUCCUGAAGAUAUACAAGAGGCUCACACUUCCCCCCUUAAAUAUAACUUCAUUGUUAGAAGGAGAAUCUUUAAAUCUUUCAGCCAUUGAUUGAUAUGAAGAUGAAAUAUUUUUGUAGUAGAACUUUUAUAAUCUAUUUCUAAAAUCAGAGGAAUUGACAGGAUAGAGCCUUCAGGUUCUAAGAAUUUUAAAUGUUUUUUUUCAGUUCUAGAAAGUAUAUUGUCAAAAUCAUGUGUGCCAUUCCAAAGUAUGUGCUAAAUAAUUCUGUUUCCUUCACAAACCACGUGUGAAACAAACCUCAGUGGGAUAAAAGCAAGUCAGAGUAAUCAAAUAGAUCCAAGGAGCAGCACUGCUCUUGCAGUCAGCCUGACUCUGAGAGCAGCUUUUACUAAAUCUGCUAAUGUGCCAUCUCCCCAUUCCCAAAUGAAGAGGGAUAACCAACAAACAUGGAAAUAUUUGGGGGUAGAAAUGAAAUUAGUCUUUUGUACAUCGUAAUCUCUCAGUCCCUGAAUGAUAUCAUGGUCCUUCAUUAGUCAAAAGGCAAACCUGAAGAAGUUGCACUUCACACAUUUUCAAGGAAACUCAUUUUGUGUUCAAAGAACUUUGUCUCUUUUGGUUAAAGGUCGUAAUAUCAUUCAUUCAGGAUGAAAUCUUCUCUGGGUCAUUUUCACCAACGAGCUUUCUCAGUUCUGAUUCUGCCUUUAGGUCUUGACUUGGUCUGUAGUACAUCUCUGUUCUGAGCUCUUGUGUUGGACACAGUGUCUGUGCUUUCAGUCAGUUUCUCUCUUCUGGCUUAUGAAAUUUACUCAACGUUUCCACAAAUCUAGGGUAUGAUUAUGCAAAAUGUUUCAUUCCAUAUGAAAAAUGAACUGUUACAAUUAAGUACAUUUUUAUUUCAAACUCUUGCUGUAUAGAAAGUGGGCAUGAUGUCUAAAAUAAACAGUUUAAUAGAAUUUUUAAUCUACAA